AUGACACUUUAUCUAUCUAAACUAAUUAUGUUUACAUCUAUCUAUCUAUCUAUCUAUCUAUCUAUCUAUCUAUCUAUCUAUCUAUCUAUACUACGGCCGGAGCGCGAAACAUUGUUGGGCUUAAUUGAGAGGGAAAUUGUCUAUGUCGAUGCACCACCCUCGUCUUUCUUUUUCGCUUGCCGAAUAUUUGUCAUCCUUCAGCCUCACUUUCCGUCCCUUCUAUCUACCUCAAUCAUUCCGUCAUUCAUUCAUUCAUAUAUUCUUUGUUUAUUUGCUUCUCUUGGUUAUUUUUUCUUUUUUAUUCUUUUGUUUCAUUCAUUCUUUCUCUUUACAUUUUUAUUUCAUUCAUUCGCGAAUUGUUUGUUUGGCCCUAUUUCCUUAUUUUCUUUCAUUUAUCUAAAUGUUUUCGUCAUUCAGCCAUUUUUUGACAUCCUUCAUUCUUUAUUCUUUAUUAUAGCACCUGUAUUUUUCUCUCUCUCAUUCGUUCUUUCUUUCCUUUUUUUCUUUCAUUUUCUCUUUAUCAUAUCCGAACAAGCCACAUACAUCCUUUAUUCCUCGCUUGUUUCGUCAUAUUUGCUUUCUUUCCUUCUUUUUCGUUCUUUCUUUCUUUCUUACUUGCACACACUCUCCAAUCUCCCAUCUCUCGUUCUGUAUUUAUUUCUAUCAUUUUCUCAUGUUUAUUUGUCUCUUUGGUUAUUUUAA